CACGAUCCGAUUCUCUUGGCUGCGAGGCACCGGUGCGAUCCGAAUCCGACGAACGCGGCACGGGACGACACUGGUCAAACGAAACGAGCCACCGUGGUAUAGUACCCGCUGCAACAAGUACUCGACCGGCACGGCUUUCGCGGAAUCCCCGKCCCGGUCUUUCCCGAGCACGAGCGCAGCGAUGGGGAGGUCGAAGAAGCGAAGGCCCGGCAAGCGGGCGGCAAGCGCUCCCAGCGGGGGGGGGCACCCGGCUUUGGUGGGCCCCGAUCUUUUUCUGCUGCUYCAGGGCCGCCUGUUCGAAAAGAACGUCUCCCUGGUCGUCUGCGGCGAGUCCCACAACGACGCCAUCGACGUCACCCGGCGAUCGCCKCCCGGGCGCUUCGAUCCGACCGAGGGAUGGAUCCCGAUCGCGGACUCGUCCUCCCCGGAAGGGGACCUCGACCUCCGUUCGGGGCUCCCGCGGGUGCUCUUUGUUUCCGGCGGGGACGGAGAGGACCGGCCGUCGGGCCCGGCAGUGGAAGAAGCGGAAGAAGCAGAAAGAGAAGCAGCAGCAGCAGCAGCAGCAGCAGCAGUAACAAUUCAAACAGAAAGAGAAGCAGAGACAACAGCUGCAGUAAUACCUUACACAGAAACAGAGGCAGCAGCAGAAGCAUCAACGACAGAAACAACAACGGGACCAACAACCACAGCGGAAAUGGCAGCCACAACGACAACGACAACGGCAGCGGCAGCGGCAGGCCCCACGAGCCCAUCACUCGAGAACAUAGCCAUUCGAUUCUUGUAUCCGAUCAACGGAAAAAAGAACCGACCCGUCACCCUCGGAAAAGCCAAGGAGCUGGCAAAGGAGUUUGUGGACAAGUACGAGAUCGAAGAAGAAAUGUUUCACUGCCACCUGGUCUUGUUGUGGAUYGCAACCACGGCAACGCCCGGUAGUUCKCACCAGCGCGUCGAAAAGGGACAAGCCUUUUUGUURGAAAUCGAAACCGAAGAAAACAUCGAUUACAACCUUUACGAACGAUACAUCGAUGCCGAAGACGAGGAAGAAGAGGUCUACGAUGACUGGGUGGUCUUUCCAUCGAACGCGGCGGUAUACGAAUCCGAAAUCCAGCGACGGAAUCGCUUAGCGCUCCCGGAUCUUGUCGCGCAAUGGAUGGACGACGUCAUGAUGGUUACGAACAGAGAAUCCGACUUUUACGACUACGACGACGACAUCACUGUUGGAACCGCAGAGGAAAGCGACGACGAGGACGGGGGCAAUGGCAAUGGCAAUGGCAAUGGCAAUGGCAAUGGCAAUGGCAAUGGCAAUGGCAAUGGCAAUGGCAAUGGCAAUGGCAAUGGCAAUGGUGCCGACGGCAAUCCCGAGGAUGGGAGAAAUGGCGAGAAUGCACACCUCGAACCGUACGCGACACAGGCAACGACUUACCGAUACGCACUAUUCGAGUACGGCGAUCUUGAUUCGGUAGCACACGAAUUCAGCAAACGCCGUCUGGGCAUGACCGACAUGGAGGUAACCGAAAACGAGUACGACGAGGUCGUACGAUCGCGGAAGCGYCUUCUAAAAGAGGAACACAACGUAUGGACGUUCGACGAUUGGUUUGAACACGUGAGAUCGGGAAAAGGGAACAAGAACGACAAAGAGUCGACCGAUCGCAAGAACAACAAGAACGRCCCCGCGGUGCAUCUCGUGUUGGAAGCAUCGGUUCCGCCAUGGGAAGUGGAAAUGCACCGGCCAUCCAUCCGCAACGACGACGGAGUCUCCGACGGCGACUCGAAAAACGCCACGGCGGAGGACUUUCGCUUGCAUCCCGCGGCMGAGUGCGUCCGCUGUUUGUCGGAAGAUUCCGAGGCCUCGUUCGAGGAGGAUUUUGACCCAAGCGACGACGGGAUCGGAUCCUACAUUGAUUUCGUGUAUCGACGAAUGAUGGCAGAGACRCUGGCAACCACGGAAGAGAAACCAGGAGGCGAGGUUGUGCCGGGGGAACAGCCGCAAAMCGCUACACCUUGCAAUGCUGACACUGUCGAUGGCAAACCUCUCGAUAACGGWGGGGUUGGCAGCUGCAGCGACCAYGCCAUGGAAAACCAAUGGUUUCAUUGUGUCGACACAAGGGACCUCGGGUGCGAGGCGGCGUGCCAUGCAGAAUCCCUSAAGCAACACUGGUACGAUCUUUUGACGCAGGAAGAGAGCAAACUGCUGUCCAACCCAGAAGAGGUUCAAAAGGAUGCCUGUCCGGUAGACGAAAGCGGUUCCCGGAUGAGAUUUCUUCCGGCGUACAAACUAAAUCCCGAACUAAUCGAACUGGAGCGUCUGAAAUCAGAGGGAUUGUUGGUACAACACGAAGAAGAAGAAGACGACAACUUCGAACCCGAAGACCAUGACAACUCCCUCGAUUUCACCUUUCCGUCCUUCGAAUUGUUUUUUGGAAACAACACCGACAACAUAUAUUACACUCCGCACGUGAAAAUGGCGUACUCUCCGUUCCUGGCGCACUGCGUGAAGUCUCUCGACAACUGGGAAGCUUUCUUCUCGGACMUCUUCUUCGGUGGAACUAUUCCGGAUGCCCUCGGUCGCUUGAGCCUUCGGGAGGAGAAAAGCAGAGGUUCGGUCCAUGUGAGAAGUCCGAUUCUCCAGCAAUGGGACCCCGAAUCGAACUCCUAURUGUGGAGCAAACGCGACGAAGAAGACUACAUUACUUGCCCCUUUUUCCCSUUUGCCUUUCAUUURGUCGCCAAAGGAAGUUCGCCGCCGAGAACCUGGAGUUCCCAGCUCUUUGACAACUUGCACAACUCCCGGGACCACGAGGAGAAWAACCGGACGAGCAGGCGCAGGGUUGCGGACUCGAUCAAGUCCUGGAUCCUGGAUUCCAUCCGGCGCCACUCGAGCGACCCGAAAUCAUCGGACGACCAGGAAUGCGGCGGAGAGUGGUUUGCGUCGUUUCUUCGCGCCGUUCACCGCGAGAUCUACGACGACAUAGACGUUUCGGAUGCGGCCGUCCUCCUCAGGAAGAACUACAUGAAGAGCCUCUCGGGCAACCGGUUCGCCAAGCACAACAUUGGCAAAAUCGCCAUGCCGUCCGCAAAAGAGUCCUUUGACGAAAUCAUCGCACGCUUUGGGGAGCAAACCGAUCUGUCCCCGGAAGAGCACCUCGUGACCCCCCGGGUGGAAGUCCUCGGAAAGAUCCUGAUCGACGUCUGGAUGUCGAGCCUGGUCGACUUCUCCCUGCUGCUGAAGAUUGCGAGCAUUUGUUCGAACGAGCCGAGAGACAACGUAGUGGUAGUGUGCUACGUCGGAUCGGCGCACGCCAAGGCCGUCCGAGACUUCUUCUGUGGCCCCCUCGGAUUCAAGCGAAAGGCCUCGGUCGGAAAAUUCACCUGGGACGAUUGCGAAGCGCAAACACUGGACCUCCCCUCCAAGCUCUGGAACCUAUCGGAACUCUUUGAUUGAUGCAGCGAAGGACMGAGUACUAUUGCAAACGAGUGCUGCCGGCACAAGUCGUUUCGUACCAUGCCUAGAUGUAACGAAGAUAAUGACUCGAGACGCACCAACUACGUACUUGUACUUUAUUGUAAUCGUUUCUUUAAUCUUAGGUAUUCUGUUUUUCGAUUUUCGUCACUGGUACCCCGUGUUGGUGAUGAGUGGAACAUCACGGUAAACAACUCGAUGCCUCCGGUUGUUUUCUAUGGCGUGCAACUCGAACCGUUGCGGCAAAACGAUUUUGUGACGAAGAGACACGUAGCUUCUUUCCAAAACAUUCGSCUUUUUUCCAAAAAGGAAUCCUCCGACAACCUUCUUCGUUUAGCUACSCCGCAAAGUUCAAUGGUUCAAAGCGUGAGUCUUUUGGAAUGRUUGCCGCUGUGGUCGAACAUUUCGCGUCUCGGAAGCGAAACCGCACCAGAUCCAAAGAAAACAUCCGGCGUGGAUGUGGCCCGCUGCCGUGGGCUGGAGCGAUCGAAAUCCUUUUCGUAUUGGAAUCACUCAGCGACGACGUCUACGGAUGGCUCCGGUCGAGGACCCACCUGCCGAUGGCGAUGGCGAUGAACCCGUCGACUCUUCUUCUUCCGAGAAACGGUCGAUGCUGUUGCUGCUCGUGUUGUUGCCGAACGACUGYGACCCAUCGGUGCCGCGGCGAAUCCGCCGAAGACCGGUCGCAGGAGUGUCUAUUGGAAAGAGGGCCUUCCCAGCACAUAUUCCAAGRACGACACUCGCGAACAGCUCGAUGCUAAAGGUCAUGGAUAUCAACAUGAGAAGCCACCCGAAACAUUGCUGUAUACCAUAAAGCAGWGCCAUAAUCGUUUUUCGAAAAUAUUUGGGUUUUCCCAGCAAAUAAUAGUUUCCGACCUUCGAUUGACAACAUGACAUUCCUUCACUGAAGACAGCSAAGAAAAAGGUGCACACUGCACAGAACCCAAGGGACAUGAAASAGAAAGAAGGAUCGUGCCGUAUCUCUACAGUUAGACAGGAACGUGUUGCAUUGGGUGCCACGAUUCAUCGUGCUCGAGGUCUACAGUAAAGAGCGGCUUUACUCACGCAUUGCAAAGAAAAAUUUUCCAGAAUUGUCCAGCCUGAAAUCAGUGAACAAGAAAGAAAUGCAACCGGCCCGGCCUCCGGAAAAGAAGGUUGAUUGAAACCCUCCCAUGGACAUGGUCAUAAACAUCCCAGUACAAAAUCUAUUUGCAUCGUCUGCGCUUACAUCGUCGGCGUUAUCCAUGGUUUUGCUUCGUGCAAACCAGUGAUYGUCACUUCCUUCCUUCCGUCCCUCCUUCCUACCUUCCUWAAAAUUUGAURGACCGCGUUGACGUCAAWYACU